AUGGCCCAAUUACACAUCACCGUCGUUAGGCAUGCCGAAACGAACGCAAAUUUAAAUCAUAUUUUACAAGGGCAAAUAGAUACUAAGCUUAAUAAAAAUGGAAGGGAGCAGGUAGAAUUGAUUGCACGAAGAUUGCGAAAAAUGAAAUUUGAUCAUAUUUAUUCAAGCGAUUUGUAUCGGGCGAAGAAGACAGCUGAAGGUAUUGCUAAACAUCACCCGAAUAUACCGUUCACAACAGACAUUCGGAUUCGAGAACGGGACAUCGGAAGACUUAGCGGCUUGUCCAUAUAUCAGGCCUUGGACUUAAUAAAAGAGGAAGAAUCUUCAUGGAAUGAUUAUGGCGAACCCGAAGGAGAUUUUAAGGCCCAGGUGGUCGACUUCUUUGAAGAAAUUGUUGAAAAGCACCUACCCAAAAACGGCGAAUACCGAAAACAAUUGCUGAACACUGAUCCGGACGCAAAACGCAAUCCACAUAUUUUGAUAGUUACUCAUGGUGGUGUCAUUAACAAACUUGUUAAGGAGCACCUGAUUAUGGACCUAGGAUUUUAUGUUAAAGAUUACCUGAGCAUGAAACAUAAGGCGAAGAAUACCAGUGUCACAAAGUUCGUUGUGAGGAGAAUCGAGAAGCCUACUAUUGGUACGACCAUCGAUGAUGAGGAUGCAAAGAGCGUGGUCAGUAAUAACACUACGGAGAAUGAGAGCAAUGACGGUAAUAAUAGUGUAAAAGAUGAUGAUAGCGGUUCAGAGAAGGCUCUCUCCACACGAAGAACCGUUGAACGAAAAAUUCGAUUAGAAGGAGAGAUUACACUCUGGAAUU